AUGCCACGCCCGCGAAGAAAUGAUAUUGGUCGCCGGUCGCGUAGAACGCAAAAUAGAUCAAAUGAAAGGCAAAAUCAAUCACAAGAAGAGCGAGAAAUUCAAAAUCAAAAUCAAGGGGAACGUAUGGGCAGAUCACGUUCAGGCCAUUCACCUGAAGAACGUAUACAACGUAAUGAGCAAGAUAGAUUAAGAAUGCAAGCGCAUCGUGCAGCAAGAAAUGUUAAUGAAAAUGCACAAAGACGACAACAAGCAGCACGAAUGAAUGUUAAUAUUGAUUUGAACGGUGCUGGAUUUCAAUAUAACAAUGACAUUGAUUAUAGUUUGCAUAAAUUUGUGGUUAUUGGCGCAAUGGACAAAAUAUGUCAAUAUUGUAAUGCAGUGAAAUUUAAAACUGAACCUACUGGAAUGUGUUGCACUUAUGGGGAAGUACGACUACCAGAAUUACAAUAUCCACCAGAACCAUUAGCUUCACUGCUUUCUGGCUCAACACCUCAAUCAAAACAUUUUUUGGAUCACAUUCAAAUGUACAAUUCAUGUUUUCAAAUGACGUCUUUUGGUGCGACGAAUAUAAUAAGAGAUAAUUUUAUGCCGACCUUCAAGAUACAAGGGCAAAUUUACCACAAAAUCGGUUCCUUGCUGCCAUUCCCAGAUGCUAACUAUCAAUUUUUGCAAGUUUAUUUCCUUGGCAAUAAUCAAAAUGAAGUCGAUACACGUUGUGCAUUUUUUAAAAGUGCCAGAAGAUUGAUAAUUGAAGAAUUGCAAGCAAUAUUUCAUGAAGAUAACGAAUUGGUUACUACGUUUAAGACAGCACUUGAUCAAAUGCAAUCUGAUGAUCAUAAAAUUGUGAUUAGAGCUGAAAGAAGACCGAUCGGUGAACACGAACGAAGAUUUAAUGCACCGCUUAAUAAUGAAAUUGCUAUUGUGAUUGUUGGUGAAGAGUUUCAAUCACGUGAUAUUGUAUUGCGCCGAAGAAAUAAUCAAUUACAACGUGUAUGCGAAACGCAUCGCAGUUAUGACGCACUACAAUAUCCAAUUUUAUUUUGUCGAGGCGAAGAUGGAUACUCUGUCAAUAUAAAAAUGGUUGAUCCAGCAAAUCCACAACGUGAAGUAAAUAAAAACGUAAGCGCCAUGAACUAUUAUGCAUAUAGAAUUAUGAUACGACAAAACCAGGAAAAUCAUAUUUUGAAAGCUCGAAAACUAUUUCAUCAAUAUAUCGUAGAUAUGUAUGCAAAGAUAGAAACAGAACGUUUGAAUUUCAUUCGAUUUAAUCAAAGGAAGUUGCGCUCAGAAGAGUAUAUCCAUCUCAGAGAUGCGAUCAAUAAUGACAGAAAUGUAAACAAUAUUGGACAAAUGGUAAUUUUACCAUCGACCUACACAGGGAGCCCCCGUCAUAUGCAUGAGUACGCACAAGAUGCCAUAUGUUAUGUUCGUUGUUAUGGUCGGCCUGAUUUAUUUAUAACAUUCACGUGCAAUCCAAAAUGGGAAGAAAUUAAGAAAUAUUUGUAUCCCGGACAAUCUUCUACUGAUCGCCAUGAUAUCACUGCAAGAAUAUUUCGACAAAAACUCAAGUCACUUAUGGAUUUUAUUGUCAAAUAUAAAGUUUACGGAGAAGUUAGAUGCUGGAUGUACUCUGUCGAGUGGCAAAAGAGAGGUUUGCCACACGCGCAUAUUUUAAUAUGGUUAGUGGACAAAAUUACAAGUGAUCAAAUAGAUGACGUAAUCUCAGCUGAGAUUCCGGAUCAGACAAUUGAUCCAGAUUUAUUUGAUGUUGUCACUAAAAAUAUGAUACAUGGCCCAUGUGGUGUGAUUAAUGUCAAUUCACCAUGUAUGCAAGAUGGCAAAUGUACGAAACGAUACCCAAGAGCACUCAUUUCUGAAACAAUUACUGGAAAUGUUGGAUACCCUCUAUAUCGUCGACGUUCAACCCUGGAUAACGGCAGAUCAAUAACUUUACAAGUGAAUCGUCAAGAUUUUGAAAUUGAUAAUAGAUGGGUAGUUCCCUAUUCGCCAUUGCUAUCGAAAGCGUACAAAGCUCAUAUCAAUGUAGAAUAUUGUAAUUCGGUCAAAUCGAUUAAAUACAUUUGCAAGUAUAUUAACAAAGGCAGUGACAUGGCUGUUUUUGGAGUUGCAGAGAACCGAAAUGAUGAAAUAACUCAAUACCAAAUGGGCAGGUACAUUAGUAGUAACGAGGCUGUUUGGCGAAUUUUGUCUUUCCCCAUUCAUGACCGUAGUCCAGCUGUUAUUCAUUUAGCAGUUCAUUUGGAAAAUGGACAGCGUGUGUAUUUUACUGUUGAUAAUGCUCAGGCAAUUGCAGAGCGCCCGCCAUCAACCACAUUAAUUUCUUUUUUUAAAUUAUGUGAAAGAGAUCAAUUUGCUAAAACACUGCUUUAUUCACAAGUACCAACAUAUUACACAUGGAAUGUAAGUUCAAAGACAUGGGAAAGACGUAAAAGAGGAAAACCUGUUGAUGGUUAUCCUGGUGUUUUUGAAAGUGACGCCAUAGGACGACUUUAUACAGUGCAUCCUACCCAGGCUGAAUGUUUUUAUUUGCGUCUUUUAUUAAUUAAUGUUCGUGGACCAACGUCUUUUUUGAAUUUGAAAAGAGUUAAUGGGCGCCUCUGUCAAACUUACCGGCGAGCAUGUGAAGAAUUGCAUCUACUUGAAGAUGAUAAUCAUUGGGAUGCAACACUUGCAGAUGCAUCCGCAACAGGUACACCGCAUCAAAUACGGACAUUAUUUUCAAUUAUUGUUGCAACAUGUUUUCCAUCUGAUCCAUUGCAACUGUGGCAAAGUUAUCGUGAUUAUAUGACCGAAGAUAUCUUGAAUAGAAUGCAUCGUAUUUCUGCAAAUCAAGAAUUACUCAUUACACUGGAAAUGUAUAACGAGGCAUUGAUUAUUAUUGAAGAUAUGUGCUUAGCAGUUGCAAAUAAAUUAUUGUCACAAUUAGGUUUACCACCUCCUAAUCGAGCAAUGCAUGACGUAUUUAAUCAAGAUAUACAACGUGAACAACAAUACGAUAUAAAUGAUCUUAACACAUUUAUAAAUUUGAAUCUGCCGAAAUUGAAUAUAGAACAAAAACAUGCAUAUGACACUAUAAUGCAAGCUAUACAAAACAAAAGUGGAGGAAUGUUUUUUUUAGAUGCGCCAGGUGGGACCGGUAAAACGUUUUUGAUUUCGUUGUUAUUAGCGACUGUAAGAUCACAAAACAAUAUAGCAUUAGCGCUUGCAUCGUCUGGAAUAGCUGCUACAUUAUUAGAUGGUGGCCGUACAGCGCAUUCCGCACUUAAAUUACCAUUGAAUAUGCAAAUUAGUGAAAAUCCAACAUUUAAAAAGCAAUGUUAUCCUGCUAAUAUUACGGUUGAGGAAAAUUGUAGUAGUGUUGGAUUACAACAAUUACUUGAUCACACAGUUUCAAGAAUUUUUAAGUCUAAAUCGCAAUGUGAGGUUGAAGAGUUUCCACAUCAGUUGCGUUUAUUAAGCAAAUGGGGCUGUGAUGGGUCAUCUGGGCACAGCAGUUAA